CAGGAUUAGAUCAUCAUCAUCAGGUGUCCUUUGUCGUCACCAUUACAAUUUACAAGCCAGAGAUAGAGAUCUCACGAAGAAGAAAAUAGGGAUAAUCCCCAAACAGGGUUCUUCACAAUUCAUUCAUCUUCCCCUUGAGAUUUCAGAUUCGGAAAAAAGAAAAAAAAAGAUGAAAUUUUGCAAGAAAUACGAAGAGUACAUGGAGGGGCAAACGCAGAAGAAACUCCCCGGCGUUGGUUUCAAGAAACUCAAGAAAAUCUUGAAGAAGUGCAGCAGAGACAUUGAUUCCCAUGCCCGAUUUCAUGACCACAACAAUAAUUCUUCCUCUCCUCCUCCUCCCUGCAGCUCCACCUGCCCCAAUCAAUGCCCAGUAUGCGAUGGAACAUUUUUCCCUUCACUUGUGAAUGAGAUGUCUGCGGUGGUGUGGUGUUUCAACGAACGUGCUCAAAAGUUGCUCGAUUGGCAUCUAGCAUCCAGUUUCAACAAGUGUUUCAUCUGGUUUAAAGGCAGAGUUCAUCACACUAACCAUGGUGCUUUGAUCCAAGAAGGAAAGGACUUGGUCACAUAUGCUAUAAUCAAUGCCAUCGCGAUGCGCAAGAUUCUCAAGAAAUAUGACAAAAUUCACUACUCCAAGCAUGGGCAGGCGUUCAAAACGCAAGCCCGGAGUAUGCACAUAGAGAUACUUCAGUCGCCGUGGCUGUGUGAGCUCAUGGCUUUCCAUAUCAACAUGAGAGAGCUGAAAGGGAAAAAUCAUACGAAGAAACCGGUUUCCCUCUUCGAGGGGUGCUCAUUGGCAUUCAAAGAUGGAAAACCUUCUCUUUCGUGUGAGCUCUCCGAUUCGAUCAAGCUUGAUCUAGACCUGACAUGUUCUAUAUGCUUGGAUACAGUGUUUGAUCCGGUCUCCUUAACUUGUGGUCAUAUCUUCUGCUACAUGUGUGCUUGCAAGGCUGCAUCAGUGACCAUAGUGGAUGGGCUCAAGGCAUCAACCCCUUCCCACAAAUGUGCUCUUUGCCGCGAGGAAGGCGUGUACGGAGGAGCAGUUCAUCUUGACGAGCUGAAUAUCCUAUUGAGCCGAAGUUGUCCCGAUUACUGGGAAGAACGAAUUCAAUGCGAGCGAGUAGAAAGGGUUAAACAAGCAAAGGAGCACUGGGAAUCUCAAUGCAGAGCUUUCAUGGGAGUUUAAUUGUUGAAGUAAACUAAUCUAAAAAAAAGGAUGAACUACCCAAUUAUGUGAGAUGAAGUUAUUUAAACUAGAUUCUUAGUAUGACAAAUAAAGAGUGAAAUUUGUUUCUCGUAGAGCCAUUGUCAGAAAUUGAACCUGGACAUUACCCCUUUUGCCCCUGGCACUAUUUUAUUUUUUUCUGUUUCAAUAUUUUGUAUUUUGGAUCUACUUGGCGUUUGCAAAUAAUUUGAACUCAAUCUG